GGGGCUGCUUUGUUUUGUUCCUCCUCCAAUUCCUUGUUUUGGGGAUCUUUCGAAAUGAGUAGAAAAUUCAAUUGAGCGGCUUUUGACCCCAUAAAGGAAGGGAGAGUUGAGGUUUGUGACUGUAGUACAUCGUUUGUGACGGUUUUCUAAACGACCACCUUUUGUUAUUGUCAACAGAUUAUGUGAUACAACAGAGUAGAGGAGAUGGAAGCGAGUGGCACGACUUUCCUAAGAGACACCGAUGUGUGGAGUGACCUUCAGCCUGUCCCUCAGAACGAUGGGCCGAACCCAGUCGUCCCAAUUGCGUACUCGGCAAAGUUCGAAGAGGCAAUGGGGUUGUUCCGGGCCAUCCAAGCGCUCGAUGAGAGAUCGCCUCGCGCACUGGACCUUACUUCCAUCAUCAUUCAUCUGAACUCUGCCAACUACACAGUUUGGCGUUACCGCAGGCUCGUUUUGGUUGCCUUGGGAAGCGACCUGUGGGACGAGCUGAACUUCGUCUACGAUAUCGCGAUGGAGAACUCGAAGAACUACCAGCUAUGGCACCAUCGGCGGUGGUGCGCGGAAAGGCUGGGCAAGGAGUGUGGGGAUGGGGAGCUCGCGUUCACGGAGCUGAGUCUCAGCAAAGACGCCAAACACUACCACGCGUGGGCUCAUCGGGUAUGGGUUUUGAGAGAAUAUGACAUGUGGGAAGGUGAAUUGGAUUUCUGUUCCCGACUUAUCCAGAAGGACAUGCUCAACAACUCUGCAUGGAACCAGAGAUUCACCGUUAUCCGAAGUUACGACAAGCUUGGAGGUCUUGCUGCAAUGUUGCCACAAGAGAUGGAGUAUGUAAAAAAGCACAUUUGGCUGGACACAGACAACGAGAGCCCCUGGCGAUACUUGCACGGUCUAUAUAAUGCCUCAGCUGUGGACAUGCACGCACGGACUACCGGUGGGUCGCAGCCUGGUUUGUCAAUCCAAGGCUUGAGGGAAUUUGCCGUGUUGGUUACGGAAAAGAAUCCCUUCUGUGUGCACGCUUUGUCGCUUCUGCUCGACCUCGAGAUGCAAAGUAUAGUUACCGCAAUUAACGACGAAGGAAACAGAUCAAAAACGGAGGGUGGGCAGGACAGCGGGACCGAAGCGAGUGAAGGUACAACUGCACAGUUGAAAUCGAUAUGUCGGCUUAGCAUCGAAAAGGGGCGUAGGUUGUGUUCUCGCUUGCAGGAGAUAGACCCUCUGAGGAAGAAGUACUGGCACUUCAAGGACGGUCAGCUGAUGUCCAUUGCACAACGGUGGGAGUGAGAAGGCCAUCAGCUAUGCCCAAUUCUUUCCUUUCUGUAUGUGAAACUUUUUGAACAUGCUCGCGAAGAUGCAGAACCUUUUGCGGUGCUUAUCAGUGCCGAGGGAACUUCACAUUGUGGAGACGACACCAAGGGAAGAAAGCACCAUCUUCUCCAGGUGAGACCUUUCUUCUUACGAGCGGAGCAAAGCAGAGCAAAACACGUGUGCUUGAUAAGGAAAUGGAAAGCCAUCUUUGAUCUGGGUCACACACGUGUGCAGGAUCGUCACAGAUGGGUGUGGGUGUGGGUGUGGGUGUGGGUGUGGGUUGAAGUUUUCAAGCAGAGGAGGAGGGCCACAAACUUAGUAGUAGAAUGGAUGAUCUGGGUCACACAUGUGACUUAUCGUUGCCUACGGCUACAGCUGAUGGGCUAUCUUUCAAAUUUAGCUACAGCAAUCCGAGUCGGUCAAACCACCGCUCGAUACGGAGUCCAUCCAGAUCUGUUUUGAGUCUUUUGACAAAUCAAAAUUUGAAUUUCCGCAAGCCUAACGUCUAGUACAGUGCCACCAUGAGGAAACAAAUUAGUCGUGGUACCCUGUGGCACCAAACCUCUACCGGGCCCGGGCGCUGUAGACUUUGGCCCGGUACUUUGAUGACACGAAAAAUGAACAGUGGGGGGGCCAUUGGAGUGGCGGUUUAAAAGAACGGGCAGACCUGCCAGGGAGGGGGGUAUGGCAGAGCAUGCGGAAGGACUACUGCAACUCCGCCUGGGCUGAAUGCGUUGAGUGUGAGGCAGUAUUUUUUCAGAUAAUACAGCCAAGCUCAAGACCACUAACUCACAUGCCUGGAAAAGCAAGCACGUGGAAAAAUCUUGUCGGAACCUGGGGGAUGCUUGUGGCCAUAGCUUAAGGCUGGAUGCAGCCAGGGCUUGCAGAGAAUGAAGUGCCACCAUCCUCACCUGAAUAGGACUCCCCGGUCAUUAUGGCUGCUGCAUCUGUGCUGAAAGUGCACCAAUAUACGGUUAUAAUGACCGGGCAGCGGGCGUUCUAUUCGUGUGAAGACGGUAGCUUUGCUGGUCUAGUGGGGCAGAAGGGAUUUGGUUUUUGCACACGAGUGUUGGUGCGAACCUGUCAAAUGCUUUCCUUCCAUUCCGACGACUGUCGCAUAUUUCAAAAAAUACUGUGCGAAAUUCAAGCGCAUCGCAAGGUAAGAUAGUCCAGGAGGUCAUGGCCCACACCUUCCUUGACUGUCUGUGAGUAAGUGUGAGAAAGUUGCUUUUUUUCCCUUUUUUUUAAAGCACUGCAGCAUGGUGGUGAGGAGGACCAGGUGCAGUGCAUCACCUGGAGGCUUUAAGCCUCCAGAUGAUGAGCCACAUGUUGGGUCUUAACUUCCAUCGUUUCCUCUUUUGGAUGGAGGAAUGUUUCUGGCAUGGACAAAUCAGGAAAGAGCAGGCUCGUAAUGCCAGUUGUCGGUCACAGAAUUUUGAAGUGAGAUGAUGUGGAACGCGUCAGCAUUCUUUGUUUUUCUUUUGCCCUUUUCUUUUUCAGCCCCAUCAUCUUUCUACCAGAACAUCCCAGUGUUCUUUCUGCGCUGCGCUGUGUCUGUUGUGUGAAGGAAUGUGAUCCUCUGAUCUUGUGGAAAGCCUGCCAAAUUGCCAAUGGCAUUGAUUCCUUUGAAUGAACAGAUAAGCCCUGU